GAGGAGGAGCCCCGGCAGCCACGGCACGAGGCAAGUGAGGAGCGAAGAUGCUGUAGCAGCCGCACCGGCUCCCAGCAGGGAAAUGGUCCAGGAGUGCCGGGCGUGAGCUUCCCCUCUCGUCAAGCCUGAGACUGCGGUUGUCAUUGAUCUAUUGAAGAAGCAAGACCCGAAAUUACAGACAUUAGCAAUGAUGUGUGAAGUGAUGCCCACGAUUAACGAGGACACCCCAAUGAGCCAAAGGGGGUCCCAAAGCAGUGGCUCGGACUCAGACUCCCAUUUUGAGCAGCUGAUGGUGAAUAUGCUAGAUGAAAGGGACCGUCUUCUAGACACCCUUCGGGAGACCCAAGAAAGCCUCUCACUUGCCCAGCAAAGACUGCAGGAUGUCAUCUAUGACCGAGAUUCACUCCAGCGACAGCUCAAUUCAGCCCUGCCACAGGAUAUCGAAUCCCUAACAGGAGGGCUGACUGGUUCUAAGGGGGCUGAUCCGCCGGAAUUUGCUGCUCUGACAAAAGAAUUAAAUGCCUGUAGGGAGCAACUUCUAGAAAAGGAAGAAGAAAUUUCUGAACUUAAAGCUGAAAGAAACAACACAAGACUGUUACUGGAGCACUUGGAAUGCCUGGUGUCCCGACAUGAAAGGUCACUAAGAAUGACAGUGGUGAAACGGCAAGCCCAGUCCCCCUCAGGAGUCUCCAGUGAGGUUGAGGUUCUCAAGGCACUGAAAUCUUUGUUUGAGCACCACAAGGCCUUGGAUGAAAAGGUAAGGGAGCGACUGAGGGUUUCUUUAGAAAGAGUCUCUGCACUGGAAGAAGAACUAGCUGCUGCUAAUCAGGAGAUUGUUGCCUUGCGUGAACAAAAUGUUCAUAUACAAAGAAAAAUGGCAUCAAGUGAGGGGUCCACAGAAUCAGAACAUCUUGAAGGGAUGGAACCUGGUCAGAAAGUCCAUGAAAAGCGUUUGUCCAAUGGCUCUAUAGACUCAACUGAUGAAACUAGUCAAAUAGUCGAACUACAAGAAUUGCUUGAAAAGCAAAACUAUGAAAUGGCUCAAAUGAAAGAACGUUUAGCAGCCCUUUCUUCCCGAGUGGGGGAAGUGGAACAGGAAGCAGAGACAGCAAGAAAGGAUCUCAUUAAAACUGAAGAAAUGAACACUAAGUAUCAAAGGGACAUCAGGGAGGCCAUGGCACAGAAGGAAGAUAUGGAAGAAAGAAUCACAACCCUUGAGAAGCGUUACCUCAGUGCUCAGAGAGAAUCUACCUCCAUACAUGACAUGAAUGAUAAACUAGAAAAUGAGUUAGCAAAUAAAGAGGCCAUCCUACGGCAGAUGGAAGAGAAAAACAGACAGUUACAAGAGCGUCUUGAGCUGGCUGAGCAAAAGUUGCAGCAGACUAUGAGAAAAGCUGAGACCUUACCUGAAGUAGAGGCUGAACUGGCUCAGAGAAUUGCAGCCUUGACAAAGGCCGAAGAGAGACAUGGAAACAUUGAAGAACGUAUGAGACAUCUAGAAGGUCAACUUGAAGAGAAAAAUCAAGAACUUCAAAGAGCUAGGCAAAGAGAGAAAAUGAAUGAGGAGCACAACAAAAGAUUGUCUGAUACUGUGGACAGACUUCUGACUGAAUCCAAUGAGCGCUUACAGCUACAUUUAAAGGAGAGAAUGGCUGCUCUAGAAGAGAAGAAUGUUUUAAUUCAAGAAUCAGAAGCUUUCAGAAAGAAUCUGGAAGAAUCUUUACAUGAUAAGGAAAGAUUAGCAGAAGAAAUUGAAAAGCUGAGAUCUGAACUUGACCAAUUGAAAAUGAGAACUGGCUCUUUAAUUGAACCCACAAUAUCAAGAACUCAUCUAGACACCUCAGCUGAGUUGCGGUAUUCUGUUGGCUCCCUAGUGGACAGCCAGUCUGAUUACAGAACAACUAAAGUAAUAAGAAGACCCAGGAGAGGCCGCAUGGGUGUGCGAAGAGAUGAGGCAAAGGUGAAGUCUCUUGGGGAUCAUGAGUGGACUAGAACUCAGCAAAUUGGAGUGCUAAGCAGCCACCCUUUUGAAAGUGACACAGAAAUGUCUGAUAUUGAUGAUGAUGACAGAGAAACUAUUUUUAGUUCAAUGGAUCUUCUCUCUCCAAGUGGUCAUUCUGAUGCCCAGACUCUAGCCAUGAUGCUUCAGGAACAAUUGGAUGCCAUCAACAAAGAAAUCAGGCUAAUUCAGGAAGAAAAAGAAUCCACGGAGUUACGUGCUGAAGAAAUCGAGAACAGAGUGGCUAGUGUGAGCCUGGAAGGCCUGAAUUUAGCAAGAGUCCACCCAGGCACCUCCAUCACUGCCUCCGUUACAGCUUCUUCACUGGCCAGUUCAUCUCCCCCGAGUGGACACUCAACGCCAAAGCUCACCCCUCGGAGUCCUGCCAGGGAAAUGGAUCGGAUGGGAGUCAUGACACUGCCAAGUGAUCUAAGGAAACAUCGGAGAAAGAUUGCAGUGGUGGAAGAAGAUGGUCGGGAGGAUAAAGCAACAAUUAAAUGUGAAACUUCUCCUCCCCCUACCCCUAGAGCCAUCAGGAUGACUCACACCCUUCCCUCCUCCUACCACAAUGAUGCCCGAAGUAGUUUGUCUGCCUCCCUUGAGCCAGAAAGCCUUGGGCUUGGCAGUGCCAAUAGCAGCCAAGACUCUCUUCACAAAGCCCCCAAGAAGAAGGGAAUCAAGUCUUCAAUAGGACGUCUGUUUGGUAAAAAAGAAAAAGCCCGACUUGGGCAGCUCCGAGGCUUUAUGGAGACUGAGGCUGCCGCUCAGGAGUCCCUGGGGCUAGGCAAACUUGGAACUCAAGCUGAGAAGGAUAGAAGACUGAAGAAAAAGCAUGAACUUCUAGAAGAAGCUCGGAGGAAGGGAUUACCUUUUGCUCAGUGGGAUGGGCCCACUGUGGUUGCAUGGCUGGAGCUCUGGUUGGGAAUGCCUGCUUGGUACGUAGCAGCCUGCCGAGCCAACGUGAAAAGUGGAGCCAUCAUGUCUGCUUUAUCAGACACUGAGAUCCAGAGAGAAAUCGGAAUCAGCAAUCCCCUGCAUCGCUUAAAGCUGCGACUAGCAAUCCAGGAGAUGGUUUCCCUAACAAGUCCUUCAGCUCCUCCGACAUCCCGAACUCCUUCAGGCAACGUUUGGGUGACCCAUGAAGAAAUGGAAAAUCUGGCUGCUCCAGCAAAAACGAAAGAAUCUGAGGAAGGAAGCUGGGCCCAGACUCUUGCUUAUGGAGAUAUGAACCACGAGUGGAUUGGAAAUGAAUGGCUUCCCAGCCUGGGGUUACCUCAAUACAGAAGUUAUUUCAUGGAAUGCUUGGUAGAUGCAAGAAUGUUAGAUCACCUAACAAAAAAAGAUCUCCGUGUCCAUUUAAAAAUGGUGGAUAGUUUCCAUCGAACAAGUUUACAAUAUGGAAUUAUGUGCUUAAAGAGGUUGAAUUAUGACAGAAAAGAACUAGAAAGAAGACGGGAAGCAAGCCAACAUGAAAUAAAAGAUGUGUUGGUGUGGAGCAAUGAUCGAGUUAUUCGCUGGAUACAAGCAAUUGGACUUCGAGAAUAUGCAAACAAUAUUCUUGAAAGUGGUGUGCAUGGCUCACUUAUAGCCCUGGAUGAGAACUUUGACUACAGCAGCUUAGCUUUAUUACUACAGAUUCCAACCCAGAACACCCAGGCAAGGCAGAUUCUUGAAAGGGAAUACAAUAACCUCCUGGCUCUGGGAACUGAACGGCGACUGGAUGAAAGUGAUGACAAGAAUUUCAGGCGUGGGUCAACAUGGAGAAGACAGUUUCCCCCCCGUGAGGUACAUGGAAUCAGCAUGAUGCCUGGGUCCUCAGAAACAUUACCAGCUGGAUUCAGGUUAACCACAACAUCUGGGCAAUCGAGGAAAAUGACAACGGAUGUUGCUUCAUCAAGACUGCAGAGGUUAGACAACUCCACUGUUCGCACAUACUCAUGUUGA